GAGUUUGACAGGAGUUUGCACCGGCCUCGGGGGCUUUCUGCAGCCGGAGGGGCAGCGCGGCGGCCGCGGCCCCGGCGAGCGCCUGCGACCCACCCCGCCAGCCUGGAUCCCGGGCCGCCGCGGACUGCGCGCCCCCCGCCACCGCCCGCGUCCCCCGCCCGCCCGCGGACCCCGCAGCCCCCGGGCCAGCGAGCCGAGCCCCCGCGCAGCGCCCGGGCCCCGCGGCGCCAGCAUGUCCUCCACGGAGACCGCGGCGGCGAGCGGCCCGGCGGGCAAGUCGCGGCGCCAGCAGGUGGACCAGCUGAUCGCGGGGCUGCGCUGGCGGCGGCUGGAGGAGCCGCUGGGCUUCAUCAAAGUUCUCCAGUGGCUUUUUGCUAUUUUCGCCUUCGGGUGCUGCGGCUCCUACAGCGGGGAGACAGGAGCCAUGGUCCGCUGCAACAACGACGCCAAGGACGUGAGCGCCAUCAUCGUCUUGUUCGGCUAUCCCUUCAGGCUGAACCAAGCCCAGUAUGAGAUGCCGCUCUGUGACCCCGACUCCACCUCCAAGACCAUGAGCCUGCUGGGGGACUUCUCGGCCCCCGCCGAGUUCUUCGUGACGCUGGGCAUCUUCUCCUUCUUCUACACCAUGGCCGCUCUCGUCCUCUACCUGCGCUUCCACGGCCUCUACGCCCAGGACAAGCGCUUCCCGCUGGCGGACUUCUGUGUGACCGUCUCCUUCACCUUCUUCUGGCUGGUGGCCGCCGCCGCCUGGGGCAAGGGCCUGACGGACGUGAAGGGGGCCACGCUGCCCUCCAGUCUGACCCAGGCCAUGACCGUGUGCCACGGGGAGGACGCCGUGUGCAGUGACGGUGCCACGCCCUCCAUGGGGCUGGCCAACCUCUCGGUGCUCUUCGGCUUCAUCAACUUCUUCCUGUGGGCCGGGAACUGCUGGUUCGUGUUCAAGGAGACGCCGUGGCACGGGCAGGCCCAGGACCAGGGCCAGGGCCCCGGCCCGGAGGGCGCAGCCGAGCAGGGCGCUGUGGAGAAGCAGUAAGCAGCCCCCGCCUGGCCACUCCCGAACAGGACGCACCUCUUCAACCACCUCGGCUCCCAGGACCUCCCUCUUCCUGCUCCUCCAACCCCCUCCCCCGCCCCUCCGGGCUCCGGGCUCUGAGAAGUCACCCACGGGUGGGCAGCCCUCCCUCCCGGUGGCUUCCUGUCCCUCCUCUGCCGGAGCCCCUCCCGUGGCAGGGACGCAGUGCUUCUUGUCUGCUGCCGGGACCUGGACACCUCACCCAGGGGCGUAGGGACCCUCACGGCCUCUGCUGCAGGCGAGGGCUGGAGGCAGGAGACCAGAGCCCUGAGACUGGUUCCCAGCAGCCACCUCUCUCCACCUGUCCGGCUGCAAUAAAAGCGAGGGGAGGGGAAACUGGCGGGCAGCCUUCUCCCUGGCCCCUCGCAUGGAGGGCCCACCAGUGCUGUAGAGACCCCUCUUCAAUGGCUGCCAUCUGGGCCUCGUGCCUGCACUGCUCGCCACAGAGCCCUGGCUCAGCGUGCUGCCCGCUCUCCUCUGGCCUCUGCCGCCCACUGAGCCCGCCGGGUGGGAGCCAAAGGGCCUUCAGAGGGUCCGGAUGCCUUAGACUCAGUGGGGAGCAGACACACUGCGACUGCAUUGAAAUUCAAGCAACUAAAGCCAGGAAACGUG